UAUACUAUAAAUAGUAAAGGGAUAAAGAACCCGGAUUGAUUAAACAAUCAAAGCUUCUGAUGGAAAGUACCGACUUAUUGUUACCUGGCGCCCUCCCUCGGGUCCUCAUCGUCUCUCGUCGAACCGUUCGCAAGAACAAGUUCGUCGACUUCGUCGGAGAAUACCACCUUGAUCUUAUUGUACGCUAUGGCGCCGUCCCAGUGAUUGUCCCCCGUGUUUCUGGCAUCCACACCCUACUCGAGAGCUUCGAGCCAAUCCACGGCGUCCUCCUCUGUGAAGGCGAGGAUGUGGACCCCUCCCUCUAUGAUGUCUCUGGCUCCGAAUUGUCUCCUGAUGAACUUGAACACGUCCGAAGCUUGCACACCAGUGAUACUGUGAUCGAUCACGAAAAGGACUCCAUUGAGUUGAGACUCACAAGGCUCUGCCUUGAACGAACAGUUCCAUUUUUAGGUAGCAUUUGUCGCGGCUCACAAGUCUUGAACGUCGCCAGUGGUGGUACACUGUAUCAAGAUGUAGAAAAGGAACUUGCAGGCAAAAGAAACAAUGACAUCAAUACAAUCAAACAUAUUGACUACAACAACUAUGAUGGGCAUAGGCACAAAGUCAGUAUCAUCAAGAACACUCCACUACACCACUGGUUCAGUAAGUCAUUAGAGGGCGAAGGCGAAAAUAUGGAGAUCAUGGUGAAUAGUUAUCACCAUCAGGGGGUGAAGCGACUAGGGCCACGUUUCGUCCCUAUGGCAUUUGCGCCUGAUGGACUCGUCGAAGGGUUCUAUGAUCCUGAUGUUUAUAACCCUGAUGAGGGUAAGUUCAUCGUAGGGUUGCAGUUUCAUCCGGAGAGAAUGAGGAUGCCUGAAAACGAUGAGUUUGAUUAUCCUGGGUGCCCGUUGGCGUAUCAGGAGUUUGUGAAGGCAGUAAUAUCCUACUGGAAGAAAACUAGUACAUGCACAAACCCACGAAGCACUACUCCAAAGUUGGAUCAAGAAAUGGAAAAGAGAAGGAAAAUUAUAAUCCAAAGCUUUUGCGUUGCAAAGGACAUCUACACAGCCAAGUUCGAUGUGCCAUCAUCGAAAGGAUCAGAACAUGAGGCAGGAGCAGAAUUUGUGAAGUCAAGGACUGCAUUGAGUUUGCAACAGGAGAAGAGGCUAAAGCAGAUGGGGGCAACAGUGAGAAAUGCCUCGAGCUACAUGGAGGGAGUGAGGAAGAACGAGGCGAGGGGAAUUGCUGCGCAAAAUGUCAUGGAGAGGAUGUCGAUAGAGCAGUUGUCUGAACUAUUGUCUUUCUAUCAUAAGAUGGGGAAAAUUUGUUCAGAUGUGUUAAAGAGGAAAAUUUCAGAUUCUCUUGAUACUAUGAUAGAGCAGCAGCAGCAGUAGUAUGUGCUGUUUUUGCCCCCCUUUCCUUGUGUUGUUAGUGUUUCUUGAUUAUUUUUUGAAUUAAAAAUAUAUGCAAGCAGCAGCAGUAUUAGUGGUA